CUAGUUCUCCGGUUCUCCGGUUCCCUGGUUCCCUGGUUCUCCGAUUCCCUGGUUCUCCGGUUCUCUAGUUCUCUAGUUCUCCGGUUAUCUUGUUCUCCAGUACUCUGGAUCUAUUUUCCCUUUUUCUUUAGUUCCCUGAUCGAAGAGUCGUGUAGAUAUAGAACUCAGAGUUGAAUAAAAUCAUGAUUCAAGAUUAUUUAUGCAGAGAAAUAUUAACACUCCAGAGUUAAAAUCUUAAGUCUCGGAAUACUUGAAACUUCAGGUUUCUUUUUUGUACUUUUUUUCAUUUAAUUCAGAGUUCGCAAAUUUUCCAUUUAGCAGGAUCUAAAUUAAGAGGUUUAAAAAAUAUUAGACAUUUUUGUAUUCUUCUGUUCAGAACAAAAAACUAAUAGGUUUAUUCAGUUCUCUCCAAAUGUUUUCACGUUUUUAAGUUCUUCAGCUAAACACAGAUCAGAAGUCAACGCUUUUUAAGGAAAUAUUCAAAGUUUAAAUGGAGAAACUUCGCAAUUUUAAAUGUAUGAAGCUACGACUCAGGAAGAUCUGAAGGAACUGGGAAUUUGAGAAUAUAAAUAUUCAAACACAUGCUGUCAGCUUUCUUCAAAAUUAACAACACUUCAUGCUUAGUAAAUCUUACUAUAUGCGUGAAUGAUAGCUUAAGACUGUUAGACAGUUAGAUAGAAAGCUAUACGUUUUUUGGCGAAUUUCCAUUUGUUCAUUAGUUUAGUCUACAAAACAUCUGCGAGACAUUUUGGAUUUAGUGAUUGGUGAAAUAGAGUUGAACUACAAGGUUUUGUGAUGAAACUGCUCAGUUUAAGACGAACUAUGUAUUCAUAUCUGGGGAAAGGAAGUGUAUUUAAAGAAGAUUCAGGUUCCUUCCCUCUUGUCCUGUGUGGUCCUAGUGGAUCAGGGAAAUCUACAGUCAUGAAGAAGUUGAUGGAAGAGUUUAGAGAUAUGUUUGGUUUCUCUGUAUCUCACACAACUCGUCAACCAAGACCUGGAGAAGAGGACGGGAAGGAUUAUCAUUUCAUCUCCAGGGAGAAAAUGGAGGAGAUGAUUGCUGGAGGAGGUUUUUUAGAGCACGCUAGUUUCUCAGGAAACCAUUAUGGAACUAGCAAAGACUCUGUACUCCAUGUACUCAGUACAGGAAAGAUUUGUAUCCUGGAUAUUGAUGUGCAAGGUGUGAAAGCUGUCAAGAAAACGAAUUUAAAUGCAAAGUAUGUUUUUAUAAAACCUCCAUCACUUGAAGUACUUGAAGAGAGAUUGAGGGCGAGAGGAACAGAAACAGAAGAAUCAUUAUCUAAGAGGUUGGGGGCAGCAGCUGCUGAGAUGGAGUAUGGAGAAACAAAAGGAAACUUCGACACAAUAAUCGUGAACGACUCCUUAGAAAAUGCAUACUCAGCCCUGAGAACCUUUAUCCUGCCUGAUAUAGAAGCAAUCAAAGCUAAACAAGGCACUUCAGCCUAAACUGCAUUUUGCCAAUAUUUUAAUUGAAGAUGCAUUCUAGGAGUGCAUUGUUGUAUCCAAAACUGAUAUAUUUAAGUAUUAAUAAAUAUAUAUAUAUAUGUAUAAAAUAAAUGCAUUUUAUAUACAA